AUGCGAUUUUGUGGCCGUCUUCAUCGAUCACCUUGCCCUGGACAAGACUGCUGCCACAACGAGAAAGUCUCUCUCAUGGCUCAAACACAGCAUCAGCCCAACUGGGGCCGAUGGCAUGGACACCAUCACCCAGGUCCCGAAUACAUUAUCAUGGAUCCUUCGACCAUAGCACAAUAUGACUCGAUCACGACGACAUCUAUACCACUACAACGGCCAUCUCCCACGCCUCAAUACAUGGUUGGGACUGCGUACAGCAUGUCUCCGAUAACAAGCGUAAAUGCUCCACAGUACCAUUCGGAGAACACCUUUGCUUUCAACUCGUAUACGCCCCCGUCGCCAGCACCUUUGACAUCUCCGCUCAGGCCAUACCAAGAGGAACGACCCCAGCCACGUCUGAUGCCAGCAGACCACGAACGGAUUCAGGGGAUGGCAUAUUCCAGAGGUGAUCGAGCGGACUACGGAAGCCCAGUUCACACGCCGCCGGUCAAGGGUAAGGCGCAACUCUCAACCACAACAAAACCAAGUGUGAAGUCGGAAACCAACACACCCGGCAGUGCCAAAGAUGAAGUUGAUGAGGCUGUAUUUCACACGGACGUUGACAUAUUGCUGAGGAGGUUUCAAUCUAAGGCUGGCGACAAAAAGACGGGUUCUUCGCAGUCUGGCUAUCAAUCACCACCCAACUCUCAUAAUGGCUCGAGGGCCUCGAGUCCAGCAGAAACCAAGGACGACGACGAGAAACCUCACAUCUGUAUGUGGCUUAACUGCGACAAGGCCUUCAAACAGAAGACCCACCUGGAUAUUCACCUUCGCAUGCACACUGGUGAAAAGCCCUAUAAGUGCCUGUGGCCUGAUUGUAAUUACCGGUUCUCUCAGCGGGGGAAUGUGAAGACACACCUGCGUCGACACACGGGCGAGAGACCAUUCCCUUGCCACAAGUGCCCCAAGCGGUUUGCUCAACGCGGCAACCUCAGAGCUCACCUAGAUACUCACGAAGGCAGGCGGAAGUUCUACUGCUUCCUUGAUGGAUGCAAUAAGGUCUUCACACAGCUCGGCAACCUAAAAGUUCACAUUAACAGAUUCCACAAAGACACACUCCGUGAGCUGCUCAACAAAGUUGACUCCCUGGACAUUGAUGAGGUCCCACAGAAAGAUCACGAGACGCUUGAAAAGGUUGCCCACAUGUUCCGGAACAGCAACAAGGGCAUCAAGGGCCGUGGGAUAGGCCGCAAAUACACGACGCCAGGCCAGAAGAACGUCAGCAUCAACAUAUCUAGCCUAUACCCCGUGCAACAGCCCUCGCCACCGAUGUAUCACAUCCCUCACCACCUGCAUCUACUCCCCAACUCGGCUCAGCAUGCAGUGACUCACCCGGGGAGUGUCAACCACUACAACAUGCCUACAGAACACCACAUGACGGUUGGUCGAGAGUCCCGCACUUACGGCAUGUUCGAUGCCCAGGAUGGUCUGUCCACUAGCAGUGCAGCUUCCAGUUCUCCGGAGACCCUGUACGAAGAGGUACAGAGUCGUGACCUCGACUUUUGUGAUCGCGUAUACUAA